GGUUACUCUGCCACUGUCCCUCAGUCUAGUUACUGUGAAAGCAGCGAGAGGAGCUUGGUAAUCCUAUAGGCAUUUGACGGACCGGGCGAAAAGUGCCCAAGGACCACAUGUCGUGAUACUCUGCGGGAAUAGAGAAACCAUGGCGGAUAAUGGAGACGUGUUUGACACUGACAGUCACACCGGCUCGCCAAAGGCCAUCAAAAAGGGACAUGUCAUCAGGCUCUUCUCGUCUGCAGAGGAGGACAGCAGUCUCUACUUCACCUACAGUGGGGGACAGAAUAAGCUGGAGGUCAACAACUUGCACUAUGAGGUGGACACUGCUGCCCAGAUCCCCUGGUAUGAGAAGCUGUCAGAAUUUAAGAUGCCGUGGGAGGUCCAGGGCAGCAAACAGAAGGCCAUCCAGGGCCUCAACCUGCAUGUCCACAGUGGACAAAUGCUGGCCGUCAUCGGCAGCUCAGGCUGCGGUAAAACAUCUCUGCUGGACAUAAUCACCUGUCGGGAUGAGGGCGGCACCAUGACGUCGGGGCAGGUCCUCAUCAACGGUACGCCGAGCACGCCAUCGCUCGUCCGCAAGAGCAUCGCCCACGUGCGGCAGGACGACCGGCUGCUACCGCACCUCACCGUGCGGGAGACGCUGGCCUUUGUCGCCAAGCUACGGCUGCCCACUCACUUCUCCCAGAAGCAGAGAGACCAGAGGGUUGAUGAUGUCAUAGCCGAGCUGCGUCUGCGCCAGUGUGCGAACACGCGGGUGGGGAACGAUUACGUCAGGGGGGUGUCAGGGGGGGAGAGGAGAAGGGUCAGCAUCGCUGUGCAGUUACUCUGGAACCCAGGUAUCCUCAUCCUGGACGAGCCCACGUCUGGCCUGGACAGCUUCACAGCCCAUAACCUGGUCAUCACGCUGUCCCGUCUGGCCCAGGGGAACCGGCUGGUUCUGCUCUCGGUCCACCAGCCCCGCUCCGACAUUUUCCAGCUCUUCGACCUGGUGGUUCUGCUGGCAGCCGGGUCACCCGUAUACUGCGGUCCGGCCCAAGACAUGGUGUCCUACUUCACAUCACUGGGCCACCCCUGCCCCCGCCUCUGCAACCCCUCCGAUUACUACGUGGACCUGAUCAGCAUCGACCGGCGUAGUGCUGAGAGGGAGGCCGAGUGUCUGGACCAGGCCAGGGUUCUGGCGGCCCAGUUCGUGGAGAAGGUGAGAGGAACCCACGACUUCGUGUGGAAGUCCCAGGACUCCGCCUCCCCUUCCCCUGCUCGCCGCAGCCCCACCAGGUCUUCCUCCGGUUCAGCUGAGCAGGUCAUCACAGUGUCCAACAACAAAGACCGGUUACCAGGACCCCUAGACCAGUUCACCAUCCUCUUCAGGCGACAGGUGUACAACGACUACCGUGACCUGGUGACCCUGCUGGUGCAUGGUCUGGAGUCCCUGCUGAUGUCCCUUCUGAUUGGCUUUCUGUACUACGGGGCGGGGCCUGACAAGCUGAACACGCAGGACACGGUGGCUCUGCUCUACAUGAUCGGGGCCCUCACGCCAUUCGCUGUGGUGCUGGACGUCAUCGCCAAGUGUCAUUCUGAGCGAGCCAUGCUCUACCAUGAGCUAGAGGACGGCAUGUACUCGGUCACCUCCUACUUCUUUGCUAAGAUUGUCGGUGAGCUUCCGGAACACUGCGUUUUCACGUUGGUUUACGGUGUGCCCAUCUACUGGUUGGCGGGCAUGAACGAGGCGGUUGACCGCUUCUUCCUCAACUUCUUGCUGGUGUGGCUGAUGGUCUACUGCAGUCGAGCCAUGGCGCUGUUUGUGGCCGCGACCUUUCCCACUCUUCAGACCUCUGCAUUCAUGGGCAACGCGUUCUUCACCGUCUUCUACCUCACCGGUGGCUUCGUCAUCAGUUUGGAGAACUUGUGGCUGGUUGCUUCGUGGCUCUCGCACGCAUCCUUUAUGCGCUGGGGCUUCGAUGGCAUGUUGCAAGUGCAGUUUGAGGGCCUUCAGUUACCCGUUACAAUCGGCAACUUCACCUUCAACGUGGACGGAAUACACGUGGUGGAGGCAAUGCAUAUGAACCAGUACCCUCUAUACUCUUGCUACCUGGUCCUGAUCGGAGUCUGCGUGGGCUUCAUGAUGCUCUACUAUCUGGCACUCAGGUACAUCAAGCAGAAGUCCAGUCAGGAUUGGUGAGGAGGUUGGAGACGUCCGCGCCUCUUUGCCCUACCAAAGACUGCCGCUGGAUGGCAGCAGAGUAUUGCAUUCUUUCCCCAAACAAAAUGUAUCUCUUACUUGUCCCUCUCUACUGGCGCUAGGCUGGCAAAGGAUUAAAACACUAUUUCUGGCCGAUAUCCAUCGACAGCUUUUGUUCUUGUCCCAUUUUCAUCUUUUUUUUUAUAUGGCUUAAUCUUUUUGUAUAUUGUAAGAUUAUUAGGCUUGACAAUGCACGGACCAGUGGUGGGUCUGAGUAAAGGAUGCCAGGGUCAGUAAGUCACUCUAAGAGUGCUUGUAUUAUACAAAUUGGAGAUUAUGUAAGUUUUGCACUGGUGCAAACGUCUGAUAGCUUAACAUGUUGCAUAUGUAUUGAAAUGAUUAAAAUGAUGCAAACCUUAACCAAUUAAAAUAUUUACAUAUUGUUCUGCA